ACAUUUUGCUGUUUGAAAUCAGAUACACUUAGCAAGAAAUAAAAUAUAUUCAGUUUCACUGAAGUGAAUGAUGUACAGCAGAGUUUUAUGAUUGAUGGGAAGAAUUUCUUGAUGCUUCUAUAAUUUAAAACAGUAAUUAUCAACAACUCAACUUCAGAGAAAUAGUGGCUGUUUUUAAGAACUUCUCUGCACAUUGUGGUUGGCUGUAAGAAGGAUGGCAGCACAGAAUUGCCAGUGGAGGUAUAAAUUCGAUGUGGUAUUGUUCCUGGUGAUGAUUUUUAACUCACACCUGAGUUGUAUGUAUGUAUCAGGAAAUUUCAUUUCUGGAGAUCAUAAUGAGUCACCAGGCACAAACCAAUCAGCAGAUGUAACAGAUUCUGUAGAUGCAGUACAAAAUAAUUUGUCACCAAACAUUGUUUUGAUUAUGGCUGAUGACCUGGGCUGGGGUGAUUUUGGGUCAUAUUCGCCAUACACAGCUCUAACACCAAACUUAGAUGCCAUUGCCAAGGAAGGAAUAAGGUUCACAGAUUUCCAUGUAGGGUCAUCUGUAUGCACACCUUCUCGAGGUGCACUUUUGACAGGUCGCCUGGGAUUAAGAACUGGGAUUGUGAAGCAUCUUACUGCUGAUGCUGUUGGAGGUAUUGCCGAAAAUGAGACAACACUGGCAGAAAUCUUGUUGGAAGCUGGAUACAGAACUGGAAUGUUCGGAAAAUGGCAUCUUGGUACUCAACCUGGUCACCAGCCACUGGAUAAAGGUUUCCAAACUUACCUUGGUAUUCCAUAUAGUGUUGAUAUGGGCUGUGCUGAUCCACCAGGGGCAAAUUAUCCAUCAUGUCCUGCUUGCCCAUAUGGGAAUGUAAGCAGAAUCGACCCAUUUCCAAUAUGCACCUCAGAUCUUGCUCUUCCUUUAUAUUCAAAUAGGACAAUAAUACAUCAGCCUGCUAAGUUAGAGGAGCUUUCAGACAUAUUUGCUGAUUUUGCGGAUGAGUUUAUAUCACAAAGUGCGGAGCCUUUCUUCUUAUAUGCUGCUCUGCAACAUGUUCAUGUGCCAUUGGCACAUGGACCCAUGUUUGACAACAUUACUGGGAAAGGAACAUUUGCUGACACUUUACUGGAAAUGGACUGGCUUGUUGGGAGGGUUGUCCAAGCUGCUAUGAAUCAUAGCAGAAACACUUUGGUCUGGAUAUUAAGUGACAAUGGCCCAUGGGAAACGAAAUGUGAUUUGGCAGGAUCCUGUGGUCCAUAUGCUGGGAAGUGGCAGAGGGAUGUGCAGGGAGGAGGAGGUGGGGGUGCUCAGAAGAACACUGUUUGGGAAUGUGGACAUCGUGUUCCCAGCUUGGUGUUAUGGCCUGAUCAUGUACAGCCAGGGAGUGUAUCUGAGGCUUUAGUGUCAUCACUUGACAUUAUGCCAACUAUUGCUGCUAUACUCAACAUUUCUCUGCCGUCAGAUCGAUUCUACGAUGGUAUAAAUAUACAAGACAUUCUAAUAGGACAGUCCAGUGUGGGCCAUGAGGUAUUAUUUCAUCCCAACAGUGGAUCAGGAGGACCAGAUGGUGAAAUUGGAGCAGUACGAAUUGGUGAUUAUAAAGUAGUCUACUAUACUGGUGGCUCUCUAGACUGUGACUACAAUAUUGGUCCCCCAAUGUCUCAUUUUUCAUCCCCACUGGUGUUCAACAUUAAAAAUGACCCUGAAGAAGCCACUCCAUUGAGUGUCAACUCUACAGAAUGGCUGUUAGCAGUGCAGGCAGCUGAAGAGGCACUGACUUCAUUAGAGAUCAGUCUGCAACAGGAUAACACCAGUACUGUAAAUUACACCACUGAUCCCAGUGUCCGGCCAUGUUGUAAUAUAGAGAACUCCAUUUGCCGCUGUCCUUGGGACUAAUAUUUCAGCUACAUUAAUUUGUGAUGCUUUUUGUACUGAAAUA